UAGUGCGCGCGCUGCCGCCCGAGGCUCCUGCCGCCGUGACCCGCGCUCCGCCUGCCGCCGGGCUGGUGAGUGCCCGCGAGCCCGUGCGUGCGCCCAGGGGACAGAGACAGGGACCGCAGAGGGCGAGACUGCCGGAAGGACCCGCAUAGCUAAUGUCAGAAGAAAGUGACUCUCAGAGAACCAGCCCCUCCGUGGCCUCGCUCUCCGAAAAUGAGCUGCCGCUGCCUCCGCCUGAGCGGCCCGGCUACAUGUGCUCCCUAACAGAAGACCUGGUCACCAAAGCCAGAGAAGAACUUCAGGAGAAGCCCGAAUGGAGACUCCGGGAUGUGCAGGCCCUUCGAGAUAUGGUGCGCAAAGAGUACCCGUACCUGAGCACAUCGCUUGACGAUGCCUUCCUGCUGCGCUUCCUGCGGGCCCGGAAGUUUGAUUAUGACCGGGCCCUGCAGCUGCUGGUCAACUACCAUGGCUGCCGGCGGAGCUGGCCAGAGGUCUUCAGCAACCUGAGGCCCUCAGCCCUGAAAGACGUUCUUAACUCCGGAUUCCUCACAGUGCUGCCCCACACGGACCCCAGGGGCUGCCAUGUCCUCUGCAUCCGGCCAGACAGAUGGAUUCCGAGCAACUACCCAAUCACUGAGAAUAUUCGAGCCAUAUACUUGACAUUAGAAAAACUCAUCCAGUCCGAAGAGACACAAGUGAACGGAAUUGUAAUUCUUGCAGACUACAAAGGCGUGAGCUUAUCAAAAGCAUCUCAUUUCGGCCCUUUUAUAGCCAAAAAGGUGAUUGGCAUCCUUCAGGAUGGCUUUCCCAUUCGGAUAAAAGCAGUCCAUGUAGUGAAUGAACCUCGGAUAUUUAAAGGCAUUUUUGCCAUUAUAAAACCAUUUCUGAAGGAGAAAAUAGCAAACAGGUUCUUUCUCCACGGGUCUGACCUGAACUCUCUGCACACAAACCUCCCAAGGAAUAUCCUCCCCAAGGAGUAUGGGGGCACAGCUGGAGAGCUAGACACUGCCACCUGGAAUGAGAUACUAUUGGCAUCAGAGGAGGACUUUGUAAAAGAGUUCUGCCAGCCUGUGCCUGCCUGUGACAGUCUCCUGGACCAGCCACUGCUAUCUGAAGGACUGAUCUCAGAUGUACAGUGUGAUGACUCCAUGCGAGCCAUGAAGUCCCAGCUCUCCUCCUGCUAUUAGCACUCUUCUGGGAGUCACCAUUUAUAAUUCCUUCAUUCCUUAGAAAUACACAGGCUUAGGAUGCCAGUGCCUCAGUCUUGCUCCAUCAUUACGCAGUGAUGGGGCUGCCUAGGGAGAUUCAAGGGUGAGCCCAUCACAGGCAGACCUUUGGCUACCUGGAUUAUUCCAGGGAAGACAAGGAAACUGUCCCAGUGAAUCGCAAAUGUUUGCAACUGCUAGUCUGGAUAAGCUGUCUGUAUCUGUAUCUUGGUAGCAACCAGGGUCAGUCACCUAAAGUGACUAUGAGAAGACAACUGGAUUGAUCACAAGUCUGAAGCAAUUUGGUCACAACUCUGAAGCAAUCUGCCAAUCCUGAAAAGUGGCCCCAUAUGAAACUGUUGAGAGUCUCUUUCCCAAUAGCUGUAGGUGUUGACCUCUGUUGCUCAUCAGCAAAGUGCAAGGUUCAGGCCCCUGUUGUCAUCACUGGGCCUGGAAAGCACUGUAAACUGAGCAGUAGAAAUGCCAGGACCCAAGCAGUGCUUAAAGAUAAGAUUUGGAAGCCCAGUGCUUCAGAGCAUCCCUGGGAUUCCAAGGUUGAAUCUUGCAAUAGAAACUUUUCCCAAACCCAUAAAGCCUUAGCUCUGUUCGUCAUGAGAUCAUACAGGUCAGCACAAAAUCCUGGAUUCUAGGACUGACUGUGUGGCUAAGGAGUCAGGUGUGUGACUGGACAAGACACGGACCUCAGCUUUGUCAUCUCCAAGGUGAAGCUACAUGGAAUGGGGGUUAUUGGGACUGCUGAAGUUGUCAGGGUUCCUGCUUGGAAAGAUGGCUGUGUAGAGGUAGUUGGCUCUUGUUUUGUUUUUUUUUGUUUUUUUUUGUGGUACAUACCCAAGCCUUAUGUAAAGCAGUGUCACCAUUUGGCCAGGCCUUUGGUGGUAACCAACUGCCUUUGCAGAAUGAUGGGUAAACUUGAAAGGGAUGGCUUUCGUGAGGCUGGCCAAAUCUUGUACAAACUCCUUCCACCUUGGAGACACUAGUAGUAGAAACAGCCAGAGUAAUUUGCCAGAUUUGGGCUUCUUCUAUUUUUGUGUGUGGAAACACACUGGAGCAGGUUAUUGCUGGUUUGCCUAGAGGCCCUGCCAAGUGUUUAUCUAUUGUGGAAGGACCAGUUGGCUAGAACAUUAGUUUUGCAUUUAGGCACUUUAGACACCUAUCAAGAUUUUAGCCUUAACCCAAGCAUUGAGUGAAGUAAUUUAUCUCCUGGAUUUUGACCUGUUUCUUUUGGUAUUCAUCGUGAAUUAUGAUGUUAAAUAGUGUUACAUGCUGUUGGUUGUGUAUUUACUAGACUAAGCAGGCUUUCCAUACAGCUUACAGGCAUGGCCUUGAGACUCAAAGGUCAGUCGAUUGUUACUAAAUUUCCUAAAACAUCUACAGAAGUUCUUAAUGGAAACUUAACAUAAAGAUGCCAAUUAUGGGGGACAUUCUUUUCACCGUAGAUGCUAAUCCUUGAUCUUCUAGGUCUUGACUAAGCUUAAGUGCCAAAACACGCCCCUCUUGACUGCCCAGAGACUAUGGUCUAUUGACCAUAGACUCUGCUAUUUGCUUUAGCUCCUGCCAGGUUUUCUGCCUAAAAAGAUGGCCACCCACACACCUGAAAAGACCCGUGAUGGCUCCGAACCCAGCAAUCUGGGUGAGAGAAUCUAUUAGAAGCUUACUUAGGUCCUAAGGGGGAAGAGAGCACAAGGAAAACAUAGACAAAGGGAAAGAUUAAUUUCUCAGCCCCGCCAGGCUCUCUGGUCUAAAUCUUGUCAUGUGACUAGCUAGUCCUUUGUGUGCUUGUUUACCAAACUUUUCUGGUUAGGCCAAGGGGGAGCUGUUCCCAUCAAGCCUCUGAGAGCCUGGGUCUGCUGUCCCCACAAGCUGUUCUGCUUGCUGACUCUAAAAGGUCAGUUUUGGCACCUCCAGUUUGAAGCAGGCUGAGACCAGGACCUGCUGGUGCACAAUAAAGCAGUUCCUGGGCUGAGCAGCAGGGGUGCAGCAGAGCCUCAAGAGGAGGGGAGUACAUUGGUGGAGGCAGCAGAUGAGCAAGAACUCAGGAGUAUCUGACUUUAGGGAAAAGCUCUACCCAUUUCACAGACAGCAAAAUGAACUUUUCCUAAAAUUCAAGGUUGUAUGGUGUUGGGAAAAAAGCGAUAGUGAAAUAGAAGUGGGUUCCAGCUUUAUCUUCCUCCAUGGCCUUGAAUGUGCCACUUGACACCCUUGAUCACUGGAGAAAGAGGCUUGUAUGCUGAACUCUGAAUCCUGUUCCUAAUUGGCUCUCUGGCCAUAAGGACACUCUUCUUGCUUUCUAAAAGCAAGGUUAUUUAAGAAUGUAGGUCAAGUGAAUUGUUGCUGAAAUAUGCUAGUUUAGGAAUCUGGGCAUUUUCUUCUCCUGAUCAAGUUCGCUACAGACUUCCACUAAAUUCAGUUCCCUGAAACCUAUAGUUCCUUCAUGGAGGGAGGAAUACAGAUAAAAUCUACAGAAACAGCCAGAAGUGUUGGCUUCAGACCUUGGCUUUCUCUGGGCAUAGGAGGGGUUUAGAGCAUUCAGAUUUCAUCCUAGGUUUUUUUUGUUGUUGUUGUUGUUGUUGUUUUUGGGUUUUUUUGUUUUUGUUUUUGUUUUCCGAGAAAGGGUUUCUCAGUGGCUUUGGAGGCUGUCCUGGAACUAGCUCUUGUAGAGCAGGCUGGUCUCAAACUCAGAGAUCUGCCUGUCUCUGCCUUCCAAAGUGCUAGGGGGCAUGCACCACCACCACCCAGCCUCAUCCUAGGUUUGUAAGCACCUCAAGUUACAAGGCAGUUUCUUCAGAAAUGCAGGCAUUCCUCUGACUAUCUGAGACAGCUUUAGUAUCCAGCAGGCAGUUUAGGCAGAAAUCAUGUCAUCCUUCCGGUCAUUCAUGAAAAUUGCUUUUUCAUUUGUGCAGUAACAGCCACACUGCUGUUGUAGCAUUAUGACAAUACCUCACCUUGAAGUCAUGCACUUCAGGUUUUCCUGUAAAAUCUCCUUUAGGAAGGAAAACAUUAACUCAGUUGAUGCAAGUGUAGCUCUCCGAUGGUCAUGCCAGGCUGCAACACCAAUGGGCUGCUCAGGACAGCCAGCUAUCUUGCUAAGGUGUCUCAGUAUUGCCAUCUGUUCACUUUGUUAAAUGUCAAGCAAAUUUUUCUGCUCUCCUGACUCAAAUGCUCAGCUUCAAAUGCAAAAAGCACGACCAAAUACUUCUCCAUGGGAGCUUGCUCCACAGGAAGGCCCCGUGUAAUUUGCAGCUAGAGAGGACCACACGUUUACUGGUUUUCAAUUACCUGGGGUCCUGUGUGUUUUCAAUCUCACUGGAGGCUUUUCCAUCAGGCAGUUAAGUGGUGGCUGCUUUAGUCUCCCGGAUGUGCCUCAGCUUCUUGACAUAGUACACAGGAACUCAACAGGUAAAAUACUUGAAACUUCUCAGUGGCCAAGACCUUGGACAGCCUUCUGACAGGUGGAAAUGGGGCUGUUUCCCUGAGCAGUCUAGGCCACUGUUUUAGCCCCUGGUCACAUUCCUUACUUCAAACUGAAAUUCAGUUUGGCUUUUAGUAGAGGCACAUGUGGUGGAUUCAUCUACUUCAGUGUUCAUUUUGACCAAAAGUUUAUUUUUCUAGGGCAUUUUUCUAAGUGGUGAAAUAAUGUAAUUUUAGUAUGCAUGACUGGAUCUCCAACAAUAAAAAUCUCUGUAAGGCUAA